AGAUUACAAUAUUUUGUGACUUUGUUCGACUGUACAAUUGACUUCGAGAUUAAUAUUAACAUAACUAUUUCAAAAUUUACAUACAAAAAUGGUUAAUAAUGAAUUACUAUCGAAGCUAGAGGAUGUUGCAGAUCAGGUUCAGAGAAAAGGAAAACGGGUUCUGCCGACAAUUGCUAGACUUUGUCUUAUUGCAACAUUCUUAGAAGAUGGAAUUCGUAUGUGGGUACAGUGGAACGAGCAAAGAGAAUACAUGAACAUGUCGUGGAAUUGUGGAAAGUUUUUAGCUACUGUUUUUGUUCUUUUGAAUUUAGUUGGACAACUUGGUGGUGUUGUGAUGGUUCUUGCUCGUUUACGUGUUCAGAUUGCUUGCGGGCUUUUAUUCUUCAUCGUUGUACUUCAAACAAUUGCUUAUUCAAUCCUUUGGGAUCUCCAGUUCCUUCUAAGAAAUUUGGCUCUCAUCGGUGCGCUUCUUCUUGUACUAGCAGAAUCCCGAGGUGAAGCAAGAUCGCUUUUUGCAGGCGUUCCAAGCAUGGGUGAAAACAAGCCAAAGAACUUUAUGCAACUCGCUGGCCGAAUCUUAUUGGCUUUCAUGUUCAUCACUUUAAUAAGAUUUGAGCUGAGCUUCUUCCAAAUCGUACAAGACAUUGUCGGAUCAAUUUUAAUGGUUCUUGUUACAGUCGGCUACAAAACAAAACUCUCAGCUCUGAUUUUAGUCGCUCUCUUGACAGUUCUUAAUCUUUAUCAUAACGCAUGGUGGACAAUUCCUUCUUACAAACCUCUUCGUGAUUUCUUAAAAUAUGACUUUUUCCAAACUUUAUCAGUCAUCGGUGGAUUGCUCAUGAUUGUGAAUCUUGGUCCAGGCGGUGUUUCAAUGGAUGAACAUAAAAAGAAGUAAAUCAACUUUGUAACUUCCAUUUGUUCUUUCAAACUCGGAUAAUUCGCUUUGAAUCAAGCUCAAUCAUGUCAUUCAAUGUUAACUUAACUUCAAGGCGAUUAAUUAGAUCGAGACGAGUAACGUUUCUUAUUUUUUCCUCCUUUUAACCCUUUGUAUCUAUUUCCACAACUCCUGGUGAAGUUUUUCUUUUUUUAUGUCUUAUACAAAAUGUUGGAUUUUCAAUUUUUAUUUCAAAUUAGAUAUUUUAAGUAGGGACGAGACCUUUUUGUUGAAUAUUAUAAUAGUUUUUGAUGAUCAAAUGUGAAUGGUUCUAAAGUGAUUUUAUGAUUGAGUGACGAAUGAAAUUGCGACAAUUGUCAUUUCAUUUCUUCACCAAUAAUGAAAACGAGCACAACAAAAGCACUAUGGGAAUGAAUUUUUAUUUCUCACGUGCUUAGUUAAAAGUUAAAAAUUAAAUUUCCAUGUCGAUGAAUGUAAAUAUAUGAAAAUUAUUAUCAGACGUUUGUGACAUUGCAAUUGUCACGACUCAUGUAAUGCUCUAAUUAAUCAUAACACUUUAAGCCAACAAAAACCUUUCAUCCACCUCAGUAAGACUUAAAUUGUCCUUUUUUAAAGAAAAAUAAAAAUCGUUUAACCAUCGUUUGUCGUGUAAGUUCUAUAAUUAAAAAAUUACUGGAACAAAAUUCCAUUUAAAUAUCUACACAAGAAAAAAAACAAGAGAAAAAGAAAAUUAUUUAAUAAAAACGUUUAUAUUUUCCAUUUCAUAAAAACAUUGAAGAACAUUUUGAACAAAAAAUGAUUUUUUGUGUUGUUUUUUUAUUAUCUAAUGGGGAGAAACUUUACAAGGGAUAUGA